GAAGGAAGACUUGGAAGACUUUGAAUAGUAGUAUAAUUGAUAUUGGGAAGAUGUUCCCACUUCUCUUCAGUUAUUGUUGGUGUUUACUUAUUUAUAUGAUUAGCUUUAACAAUUGCUCAUAUCAAAAUGGAGAGAGUUAUAAUCCUAACCAUAUCAUUCUUCCUUUUGAUAUUCUCUUGUUUUGUGUUCCCAAUUUCAUCUGUUGACACCCUUAAACCUGGGGAUCGUCUAAAUUCAUCUACUCCCAUAGUUUCUGCUGACGGAUUUUUCCUUUUAGGAUUCCUUAAUCCCGACGGAUUUUCGGGUUUAGGAUUCUUUAAUCCCAACGAUUCCAGUCUUAGUUAUUUAGGAAUAUGGUGUACAGUUGGGAAUGAUAUAGGUUGGAACUAUAUAGUGUGGCUUGGUAACAGAGAAAACGGUAUUAGUGAUGAUUCUGGUAUUCUCACAAUAAAUAGUGCUGGAGAACUUAUUAUAACAAGCAACACAUCAGAUUCUACUGUGCUUUAUGCAGGCGGAAAUGGCAAAAAUAUAACAGCCACACUAUUGAAUUCGGGGAAUUUCGUAGUGAGAGAGAUGAAUAUAAACGGUUCUUCGGAUAGGGUGUUGUGGGAAAGCUUUGAUUACCCAACUGAUACUCUUAUUCCGGGGAUGAAAUUAGGUGUUAAUCAUAGGACUGGAAGAAAUUGGCAUCUUACAUCACGGUUUGGCGAAGACAAUCCCGCUUCAGGAGCUUUUACGUUGGAAUGGGAUCCAGGCACACGUAUGUUGAUCGUACGACGACGAGGGCAGAUUUAUUGGACCAGUGGCAACUUGAAAGACUAUACUAAUCAGAGCUUGAGAUGGAAUGUCAAGGAAUUUGAGAAUAUACCUGAACCUGAUUUUGAAGAUUUCAAUUACAAUUUCACCAAUGUUUCAAAUGGUGUGGAGGAUUACUUCAGCUACUCCCUUAUACCAUACCCCAUAGGGAAAAAUAUUUCAGGAUGGCGGCUGAGUUAUAACGGGGAUAUAUUUGACAUAUAUAGGAAAAUGAUAGCAAAAGUGAGUCUUUGUUAUGGUUACAACAUUUACAAAGGCUGUAAAUCAUGGGAGCAGCCCAUUUGCAGAAAUCAUAACGAGGCAUUUGUUUUGAAAUCAGGGCAUUUCGCUUAUGGAAAUGGGAGCAAGCCUAUUCCAGAAUCGGUUGAUAAUUAUAAUCUUACUGAGAGUGACUGCAGAGAGAAGUGCUGGAAGGACUGUGAAUGUGUAGGCUUUGCCAAUAGUAGUCAACCUGCCAGUAAUGAAAUUGGAUGUACAUUCUGGAAAGGGAAAAUUUUGACUUUUGUACAGAGUUAUGAUGGUUCUGAACCUAAACAAUUCGUUCUUGUUCUAAAGGCGACCAAAAGAUGGAAGUCAUGGGAAAUCAUUACUUUGGUUAUUUCAGUAGUUGCUCUUUUGUUGG